AUGGGGCUCAACAUCACAGAGAUUGGAACGCAUUCUCUGCGCAAAGGUGUGGCCACUGCUCUGACAAAUACGACAGGCGGUCCUCAGGCAGUGUCGGUUUGGCUCCGCGCUGGAUGGAGCCUGGGUGGAGUCCAGGGUCUGCUAGUCGACCUGGCUGACGAGGUGUUGCUUGGUGUCAUGUGCAAUCCUGUGUCGAAAAUGAUGGCCACCGGAAUCCCCCCCCAUGUUGCCCAAUCCGACAAAAUUCAGACGCUGGAGAACGAAGUCAAAAUGCUGGGCACGACCAUACAGCAUAAAUUGGACGAAAUGCCUGCGAUUGUGGCCGGUGAGCUCAUGGCACAGGGUGGAAUGAGUGGAAGCUCUCAGCUGACAACCGGUGCAUUCCAUCAAGGGCUCUCUCAGCUCCGUGAGAGCAUUCUCCGUGAUUUGCAACAGUCCCGAUUGAGCGUCGAUCCCAUGGUCCCUGCCGAAUCAAGUACGACGACAGAUGCCUCCUCCACACCGGACAACGACGAAUGGGAAGCGCGGCGCAUGGACGGAAUGAGCUACCUCACGUUGUAUCGGUCCUUUUCCACGUCCUCUGUGUCGCCCAGCAUGUAUGGAGCAGAAUUGACUCCUACCAUUGUGACCUUGUCGUUCAUCUCGGCCUUGGUCUCGGGCCUUCGCACGCAGCAUUCGGACGUCGUAGGCUAUGGUUCUUUGAGAGUGAUCUAUCGUGGUGCAGAGGGUGGCGUACCUGGUUGCAUUGUCGUGGUUGUGACGUUCAGGAACUGUGGCGACGACGACAACUGCGACGAUGACAACUGCGACGACAGCGACUUACGGUACUGUAUGUUUGGGCGGCCUAGCUUAGAUUGCUGCAUUUACAAGAAGCAAACACUCAUCUUGGACGAACUGGCUGACCCCGUUGUCAUCAAGCACAUUCACGAAAUCCGCAUCCGUUUAGCAUCCAGCAUGUGUCGUCGCGGAUCUGAUGUAUCUUGGUACGACAACAAUUCGUUUGUGCUUAAGCACCUCAGUAAGCUUCCCGGGUGGUAUGCGGGAAGCGGUAAGAAGUUGUUUGUUGCACGGGCUGCCAUUCACCCGUAUGAGUUCCUGCCUGAAGCUCUGUGGGGGUGUUCAGCAGACAUAAUGGGCCUCACCCGUGCUUUGGAUCGAGAUAUCUUUGUUUUCGCGUUUAUGGCGCGAGCUUUGACAAGUACACUUUUGAUGGACAUGACCUCCAGCGCAUUUUUCUUCCGACUCGACUGA